ACUUAAUGGCUCUUAUGUAUUUAUUUUUUCACAGCUGAAAGAAAACACUCCAGAGACACAACGCAAUGGCAGACAAAAUCAAGGAUGCCAAAAUCAUCUUUGUUGUGGGUGGACCUGGCUCUGGAAAGGGCACCCAGUGUGAAAAGAUAGUUGCAAAGUAUGGCUACACCCACUUGUCUUCUGGAGAUCUGCUACGUGCUGAGGUGGCCUCCGGCUCUGAAAGGGGCAAGCAACUCCAGGCCAUCAUGCAGAAAGGGGAGCUUGUUCCUCUGGACACAGUCUUGGACAUGAUUAAGGAUGCCAUGAUCGCCAAGGCUGACGUCUCAAAGGGGUUUCUCAUCGACGGCUAUCCUCGUGAGGUCAAACAGGGAGAGGAGUUUGAGAAGAAGAUCGGCAAACCCUGCCUGCUGCUGUACGUCGAUGCGAAAGCAGAAACCAUGGUCAAGAGACUAUUGAAGCGUGGCGAGACCAGCGGCCGCUCUGACGACAACGAAGAGACAAUUAAGAAACGCCUGGACUUGUAUUACAAGGCAACCGAGCCGGUCAUCGCUUUCUAUGAGGGCCGUGGCAUUGUGAAGAAGGUGGAUUCUGAGCUGGCGGUGGAUGACGUCUUUGCCCAGGUUUCCAAGGCUAUUGAUGCACUGUAGUAAAACGGCAUAACUGGAUGAGCUGUGUCUGGAUGUUGUUUUCUUAUGAGUAUAUGUGUGGGUUUUAAAAGGACUAAACCUGACUGGAAGACAGACUACUAAUCGUAGGACCUCCACACCCCACAAGUGUUUGAAUCAAAUCAAAUGUAAAUGGCUUAUUGUCAUUUCGAUAUAAUAUAUAAUGUGCUCACAACAGUCUGAGGACAGUUCAGUGUGCUAAAGCCUUGAAUACCGAGCUAAAAACACAAGACAUCUA